CCACCAAUUCGAUUCAUCAACCAACCAACCUCGCCUUCAUAAGCGCAGAACUAACAACGACAACCUACACAAAUCAAUAAACUUCAGAAAAAGAAAAGAAAGAAAGAAAGAAGGGGAAAAGAAAAGGGCAAAAAAUGACAUUCACUACUUCCACAACGACAACCAAAAAGAACAAGAAUACUCCAGCAGAAACAGCUCUGGACCUCAGCGCCAACUUCGCCAACAACCGCAAAGGCGCCGUGGGCUAUGACCACGAGGUCUACCUCCAAUUAACGGCGGGGAGGAACGCUGAGAAGACGCCGAAUCAGGUGUAUCGGGAGGAACGUGUUCGGCAGAGGACUACGAGGGCUUUGGAUCCCGCAAUUUUGGAUCCGCAGGGGGAACCUGGGCCUGUGGAUUUUGAGUGUGCGGAGCACGAGGGGGUAAAGGAGCGGUUGAGGUGAUUCGAUUCGGGCUUCUGCAUUGCAUUACUGCUGCUUCUUCUAAAGGGGUUGCUGCGAUUGGUUUAUGGCAUCUGCAAGGAAGAUAAAGCUAUCAUGCCGGGUUGUAAGCUACGACAGCGUAAACUGUUAUGGAA